CUCCUUCUUUUAGAAGAGUUUUAUGUCCUCUGGAGUGGACUGGGCUAGGGUUGGUGGCACAGGUGUGCACUGCUGGUUUCUGAAUAUCGCGCCUGCUUGGAGGCCACUCCUGGCAUCCCCUGCCUGCCAUGAGGGGACUGUGGGUGCCUGACGGUGUUACCACCACCUGCUCUGUACUGCUGUGGGUAACACUGUUGUGUUUAGCUCCAGUCAUCAGGAGUAAUGGUCCCCCAAGGGCAGUACUGACCCUGCAACCCCCGUGGAUCAAUGUUCUGGAAGAGGACAGUGUGACUCUCACUUGUGAAGUGUUCCAGACCCCUGGAAACCAUUCAUUCAAAUGGCUCCACAAUGGAUCACCUCUCUCCAUCCACCAGGACUCCUAUACAAUCCCAGCUGUCCAUAUGGAGAACAGGGGGGAAUACCAAUGUGGGACAGAACACACUGCUCUCAGCAACUCUGUGAAACUACAGGUCUAUCUUGAUUGGCUGCUACUCCAAGUGGAGAGAUUGAAAUACAUGGAAGGUGACACUAUGAUCCUGAGGUGCCACAGUUGGAAGAACAACACACUGCGCAAAGUCACAUACUACCAUAAUGACAAUGCCUUAAAGUUUCACAAUGAGAUUUUUGACUAUAUUGUCUCUCCAGUAAACCAUACUCACAGUGGUUCCUACUUCUGUAAAGGGAACAUUGGGAAUACUACCUAUCUAUCUGCACCUGUGGUCAUCACUAUCCAAGGGUCAGUAGAGAAGCUGAGCACUUGGAUGGUGGUUAUAAUAGUGUUCGUCCUGGUGGUUGCGAUUGCUGUAAUUGCUGCUGCUACUGCCACCCUGUGUUAUUGCAAGUGACACAAUGAAUCAGCCAACAUUCCUCAAGAAGAAAAAAGGCCUGAGGUGAGGUUGCCAGUACCUUAUUCCACUGCAAUAAGAUCUUUCGAACUAACAAAAAACACAGAGUUUUCCAGAGCCCAGACCUCGCCCUCUGGCAAAAUCCUGUAAUUGUACUGCUUUGAGCAGCAUCCAGUGUUCUCUGAGCUUGGACUAGUAGUGGUCAUGAAGCCUUGCGAUGAAGCACACUCGCUACAUCGUUGUUGAUACCCUGUUUGUCAGUGUUAUAACUCACUGCACAGCCACCAGAAUAAAUAUUGAGAUUUGGCCACACUGAACGGGUCCCUCCCCCCAGUAGGGGCGAGGCCCCAAGCUCUUAUGUCCUCCCUUGCAAGCCGUCUGCUCCUGUUGAAAUUAAACUUCUGUUUGACUCCUGGC